AUGACAUCUCCAAUUCGCAAAGAGAAGAGAGAUCUAGCCAGGGCCAGGACUGUCAGGCCAGGGGCAACAGAUAAUAUAGUUGGCAACGAGAUGAUACGAGCCUUCGCCCUCUGCACCAUCUGCAAGCAAACCUGGACAGCACAAGUGAAAUUGGCGAGUGAAAUCUCUCCGCACGGCCCACAAUAUAACAACAGAAGACGAGACAAAACGAUGAGUCUAGCGCAACGACGGAAGAUGGAUUAUUUAAAAGAGGAUGGGUCUUCCCGUCGAGUCAUCCAAAGUGCCCGAGGCAAAGUGGCAAAGAGCAUAAGUCACAUAAGCAUAAAAAAUGAAGAAGAUCCAAAACUACGUUGGUGUACCCGUCGGACCAUAUUGAACCAGAAACAAAUCAACGCACAGGGCACCUCUGAUAGUGAAAAAUUGUAUUGUGUAUAUGUAGCGAUUGGACAGAAACGUUCAAAUUAA